AUGAAUGGAGCACCAAUGAUUCAACGCAGGGGCAGCAGUCACUACUCGGUGGCUGAGUUGGGCAACCUUUCCAUCGCGUUGACCACCUACAUCAUCAACAUCUCAACCGCAGGACAAGAUACCACCGUCGUCCUCUAUACCGGAAGCUUUGAGCUCUGGGUCGGCCCGACCUGUUCCACGGCAGCCGGCGACAACGUCACAGACAGCGAUGGUGUUUCCGCCAACCAACAGGGACACUCACCCGACUACUGCAAGUCCAUCGGUCGCUAUGACCCAGCUUUGUCUCCAAUAGCGAAGGAUCGUAAGAAUGGAGAUGCCCUUGUCUACGUCGACAACACCACCGUCGGAGUCAACUCCUACACUGACAGCAUUGCCAUUGGGGCCCUGAAAAUCUCGGGGCAGCAGCUUGGCGUUGCAAACGACAUCAAUGGAAUUACCUUGGGGAUCAUGGGAGGUACUGCGGCGUGUGUGGUCGCUGGAAGACUAGCAGAAGCGGAUCCAGAACUGUCCAUCCUCGUCAUCGAGGGCGGACAGGACAAUUUCAACGUGCCCAAUGUGGUCAACCCGCUCCUCUAUUUUCAGCAUCUGCUACCCACCAGCAAGACAGCUUUGUUCUAUAAAGCCAAGGCUUCCGAGCACCUCGCCGGGCGGGAGUCAAUUGUGCCUUCAGGAGGAACUUUGGGCGGAGGAUCUUCGAUCAACUUCAUGAUGUACACGAGAGCCCAGCGCGAGGACUUUGAUUCUUGGAAUACCCCAGGAUGGACGACUGAUGAAAUCCUUCCCUUCAUGCAAAAGCUCGAGAGUUACCACGGCCCUGGCGACGCAAGCAGGCAUGGUUAUUCGGGCCCGAUUCACAUCAGCAACGGCGGAUAUAGUGCGAAGAAUCCUGAAGAUGACUAUAUCAAGGUGCUCGAGACCUACGGUGGCCUGCCUGAAAGCAAGGAUAUGCAAAGCCUCGACGCCAACAAUUGCUGCGAGCGGUCACUCAGGUACGUCUCCCCAGAGGGCAAACGCCAGGAUGCCGCCCACACGUUCCUCCACCCGAAGCUGCAAGAUGGGAAGCACCCGAACCUGCACGUCCUUGUCGAGACCAAGGUUGUACGUGUGAUAUUCGAUGACGCCAAGAAGGCGUGUGGUGUUGAGGUCGCGCCCAAUCCGGAUUUCCAGAUCCAGAUUGGGGUCACCAAGAGCCCGAAGCAGGUCUUCAAGGCUCGGAAGUUGGUCGUGGUCUCCUGUGGGGCCAACGGAACACCAAGCGUCCUCGAGAGAUCCGGCAUCGGUGGCGAGAAGGUGCUUGAGAAGGCGGGUGUCCCGGUUGUAGCAGACCUGCCUGGUGUGGGAGGCAACUGGCAAGACCACCACCUGAUUCUCAUCCCAUUCAAGACAUCACUCCAGCCACGCGAGACCAGUGAUUUCAUCAUCAGUGGCCGCGUCAAGGAGGAAGAGUUGAUCCGCAACAAGGACAAGAUCCUCGGCUGGAACUUUGUCGAAGUCGGCGUAAAGAUGCAGCCUUCCGAGGCAGAUCGCACAACGUUGGACAAGGAUUUGUUGGCGGCCUGGGAGAGGGACUUCAAAGACAAGCCGAACAAACCUUUGAUGCUAAUGGGAAUGAUCAAUGGCUUUGUUGGCGACCAGUCAGCUCUUGAGCCGGGACAGUAUCUUCUCAUGGGGAACUACACAGCAUACCCGUACUCCAGAGGCUCGAUACACAUUACCGGCCCCAACUUCGAUGACCCACUUGACUUCGACGUCGGGUUCUUCUCUGACCCGGGUGAAAUCGACCUCAAGAAGCAGGUCUGGGCAUACAAGAAACAACGCGAGUUUAUGAGACGUACACAGCUGUUCCGAGGGGAGGUCGCACUCGGCCAUCCAAAGUUCUCCCCGCAAUCAAAGGCGGCAGUGGUCGAGGAUGUCUCGACAGCCCCUGGCGUGAAUGGGACAGACGUACAAGACUUGGAAUAUUCUGCCGAGGACGACAAGGCCAUCGAGCAGUAUCUUCGGGAGAACAUCCAGACAACUUGGCACUCUCUGGGGUCGUGUAAGAUGGCGCCGAGAGGAGAGAUGGGCGUUGUAGACGGGAAUUUGAACGUCUAUGGAGUUCAGAACCUGAAAGUCGCGGAUCUGAGCAUUCCGCCGGAGAAUGUUGGAGCAAACACCAACAAUACUGCGCUUGUCAUUGGAGAGAAGGCUGCCGACAUUAUCGUGCGGGAGCUUGGAUUGCUGAAGAAGUAA